GUGAAGACAUUUUUAUUGACGUUUCCAGGAAUGGGGAAUGGGAGACAGUUAAUCAAACAUGUGAAGGGGUAGAGAAUUUAGCACGGGCUUGGUAAACCCCAAGAAGAAGAAAGAGAUUGAGGCAAAGACAAUGAAGUGGCCACCGCCCAGGCCAGAGGUGUGGGGAGGGGUCAGAGGACCACAGAGUCCCAAUGCAAUGCACGGAUCCAGAAAUCAAUUAUGUGAAAUAUUAGAAAUUUAUCCAUAAGUUUGGUACAUGAACAUAUUGCUCAUAAGAGACAGCUACUGCAUGCAUCUUUAAUGCUUUCAUUUUGGGUUGAUGGGGAUAGGAUUGGGGAUGGAGACUCUAAAUGAUCCCCCCCUGCAAAUAUCAAUAAUAGGGAAAUAGGUCUUGAUCAAUGACACAUGUAAAACCCAGAGGAAAUGCAUGUUGGCUACGUACGAGAGGGGGCUGAGGGGAGGAGGGGAGGGAAAGAGCAGGAAUCAUGUAACCAUGGAAAAAUAUUCUAAAUUAAUUAAAUAAACAUUUCCAAAACUUAAAAAAAAUGAUUUCAUGAUAUGUUCAUACCUGGAACUCUACCCUUUGAAUAGGAUCGGCCCCAAGACUGCCUUCCCUACUUUUGUUCAAAGAAAGGGGGCUCCCAAAUGAAGUCUGAAUUAUUUAACCAGGACAUGGACGUUGUAAAUCAGAAGUACUAAAGUUAGCUAGCGGGUAAAUCUUGGGAGUCUCCCUUUGUAUGUUUGGUAGGUGAUCUGUUGCUGUGUAGACAUUUCUCACAACCCUUUUUGGGGUUUUCCGGGCAAAGACACUGGUGUGGUUUGUCAUUUCCUUCUGUAGCUCAUUUUACAGAUGAGGAAACCCGAGGCCAACAGGAUUAAGUGACUUGUCCAGGGUCAUGCAACUAGUCAGUGGAAGUGUCUGAGACCAAACCUGAAGCCAGGCUCAGCACCAUGCCAGCUAGAUGCCCAAGGCUAAAGUAAAGGCUAAAGAAAUGAAUGAAUGAAUGAAUGCAACUCAGGAUGUGGCAAUGAAGUACAACAAAAAAGGUGAUGGAGUCAUGCCCUAGGUUUGUCUCCGCUACUACUGUGUGAUUUGGGGCGAGUCACUUAGCCUUCAUCGGCCUCGGUUUCCAGUCUGUACAAUGAAGGGGUUGGACUGGACGGCGACGAAGGUCCCUUCCCACUCUCCCUUUAGGAAGCUAACAUUUGGCCCUGUGACACGCUAUGCACUGUGGCCUACACUAUUGCAUCCGAGUACAAAAUCUCCCAAAGAACCCUCCUUGGUCUUUGCAAAUCAGUUGUUUAGCUGGUGGCAGAUUGGGCUCGGCAGCCAAUUUUCCGACUGGCUCUGAAGUAAUGUUCCCUUCGUGACUCUAUGUAACAUCUCUCCCAAGAAGACACGUUGGAUUCCAGGCCUACACUCAGUUACUCCCCAAUUUCGCCAUCCGGAGAGUGAAACUAGGACAGUUGUGGGAAGCGAACGAGUGAGCCGGAGUGAAAAGCCAGGCCUUGCUUCCUUCCCCAGCUCUUCUGAAGGCCGGCUUCUUCAGGACCAAGCCAAAAGGCUCCCUUUUCCCAAAUUUCCUCUCCUCUGCACUGACUCCUCCAUUGUGUAAAUUGUUGUCUUAGCCAACCCACAGGGGACUUGAGAGGUACCUUGUUAAGAUGAAUUCCAGGCCUGGCUUCAAAGUGAACACAAGUUACGACGCGUCAGACAAUUAAGGACUGCAUCUUACUCUGUAAACUCUGAGAAAUUAUUCCUUUUUAAUUUCCAGCGACCACAGAACAAGCUAUAAACUGUAAAAACUUAAUGAGAAAAUUUGACAAAGUAAAUGUCUCCUCCUGCAAACACGUUUUAAUAGGUUGACUGUUAUGUUGGUCAGUUAAGAAAAAAAAAAACUGUUUAGAAAUGAAUCAUUUCAGAAUUGUCUCUCACCAGUGAACUUCCUCCCCGCGCUUACCUGGUGGAAGGAAUUUCAACGGAAGAGUGGAUGAUGCUUUUGGAGCUCAGUUGGGAAUGGGCUCUGAUUCUGCCUCCAGGCCAGCCUAGGCUCCCCAUUCAGGGCCGGUUCCCAUGCUUUAAUCUUCAACUUUAGGAUAUUUGAGGGCUUUAAGUGGGAGUCCAUAGAGACAAGGACUGGAUCUAGGAUUUCAGGGGUACAGAGAACUACGAGGAGUUAGAAGAUGGUCAUCAAAUCUUCCCUGUAAAAAGAGUAGCCUAUGGAGGGGGCAUCAUGAAUCAUGAAAAAAUAUUCUAAAUUAAAAAAAAAUAGAGUAGCCUAGAAUCUAGGUCAGGAAGUCACUCACUGUCAAAGAGGAGACUCUAUGAACCCAGCUUCUUCCUGGCUUGGAAGCCAUUCUCUCUCCGACUUGUCAAGCUGCCUCUAGUAGGAAGAAUCUUGUUUUUGUCAGUUACUCCCGGAUAGUCUUUUUUAUAAAACCCUCACCUUCUGCCUUAGAAUCACUCCUGUGUAUCGGUUCCAAGGCAGAAGAGCAGUAAGGACUGGGCAAUGGGGGUUAAGUGACUUGUCCAGGGUCACACAGCUAGGAAGAGUCUGAGGUCAAAUUCGACUACAGAAUAUAUUCCUACUGAGCAUUGCAAGUGUAGGUGGGCGAGUCCUCAACGUUGCCCCCUGACUUCAAUAAGGAUCCGCUAAGCCAUUGGGGUCCCAAACCCACACUAAGCUUGAGUACAUCUAAAGGGGGGGGAUGCCAAAAUGUGGCUUCUUCCCACUCGGCUUGAUUGGCGAGGAAAAUGCGGAGCUGAACAUGGAUUCUUUUCAGAAAAAUAGACGAGUAAUUUGUGUGUGUGUGUGGCUGGCGAGUAUAUAACUUCCUCCACCCGGUAAAGAAACUGGCAUCUUUUUACCUGCAUCACACUCGUUUCUCCUUCGGGGUCCUCCACUCGUCCCUCCACUGUCCUGUUCACUGGCUCCCUCUGGCUGUACCUCGAGCAAACGAAAGCACCACCAGAGGGUUUUCCUGCAGCUUUUAGACCCUUGUCUCUUCUACAUCCAGGGACUUGACACCCGGAGUCCCUGCGCAGCGGCCAGUUCUGGCCGUUUCCAACCUAGGGAUCCUGGUCCCCAGGGUCUGGCAGAAAAGGACACAGGGGCUAGGGGCCUCCUAGGCCCUUAGGACUAUGGGCUGCAGGGGAGCGGGAGGGGGGGGGGGGGGUCUCCUCUCCCGCCACGGGCCGGCCCCACCCCCUAAAAGAUCUCCACUUUCGUUCCUUCCUUCCCCGCCAGCCGCCAGUCUGGGGGGUGACCCCGCCCCCCAAAGGCUAACUGCGUUCUCUCCGCCCCCUGCUCCCACCCCCACGUGGGGCGCAGCCCAAUAGGCAGCCCCACUCUCAGCUCGGUGGUGGCGUCAUGGGUGCACCAUUGUUAUGCAAAUAUAAGCAGCCUAAAAGGCCUGGAGGUUGCAUCUCUGCGACAGAGCGGAGCUGAGGCCGCGUGGGUCUGCAUUUGAGUCCGACUCCAGAAGGACAUGCACCCCUGGUUGUAAUAAGAAGCCGGCUGCUCCCCUAGCCUUCUCCUCAUUUUCCGAACCUACUAGUCUUUUCCGGCUGAGGGAAGCCCAGCAGCAGCCCCCUCGCUAGGCCCCCGCCCGGCUGGAUGCAGCGGCGGGUCCCCGUGGUGGCAGGAGGCGGCUUCCCCCCAGGCACAAGCCGGCUGGGAGCUGGGCCCCCGCCUGCAAGCGCAGGGGCCCGGGCAGCGGCCGGUGCCGGGGGCCUGGGUCUUGGACGGCAACGCUGAGUGGCCAGAUUCUUCCAUGCGCCCCUGCAUCCCCGGAGGCAGACAGGGGCCGAAGUCGAAGCCCUCGAGCUGCAGGACCACGACCACCACCACAGACACCGCUGCCACCCGCUGCAACCACAGCCCCACGGUCGAGAAGCUCUACCGGCCUGGGCGAGCUCCGCGCCCUGGAGACUUGCUGGGGCCGCGCCCAGCCCACGCGCCCCGGAGCUGAGGAGGGCCCCGCCGCAGCCGCCGCGCCCCUCCCAGUCCCAGGCCCCAGGGCCGGGCCAGGCAGCAUGAGCCAGGCGGAGCUGUCCACCUGCUCGGCCCCUCAGAGCCAGCGAAUCUUCCAGGAAGCUGUGCGCAAGGGAAACACGAAGGAGCUACAGUCGCUGCUACAGAACAUGACGAACUGUGAGUUCAACGUGAACUCGUUUGGGCCCGAGGGCCAGACUGCGCUACACCAGUCGGUCAUCGACGGCAACUUGGAGCUCGUGAAGCUGCUGGUCAAGUUCGGCGCCGACAUCCGCCUGGCCAAUCGCGACGGCUGGAGCGCGCUGCACAUCGCCGCCUUCGGGGGUCACCAGGACAUCGUGUUAUACCUCAUCACCAAGGCCAAGUACUCGGCCAGUGGCCGGUGAUGACCGGCGAUGGCUGGCGCCAGAACCAGGGGAGGCGCCGCGCACUGCACUCCACCCGCCUGGGCUCCUGUCCGCAAUUCCUCUGCGCCCUCCUUCCCUCGCACGACUCGGUUCCAGGAGGGCGCAGGCACACAAGGGGCCGGGGACGGGAGAGCUGGAGGCCCGCGGACCACAUCCGUUAAGCCUUGUGCCCAAGGACCCCACCCCCACCCCCGCGGGUCCGGGGUCGCGGGGCAGGCGGCGGCUCGGCGAAGAGUGUUCAGUGUAUGAGUGUGUGUAUGUGUGUGUUUGUGUGCGUGCGCGUGCGUGUGUGCGCGCAAGAGACAUGGGGGAGGGGGGAGGGAUUUCUCUGUAGGUUUUUUUUUUUUUGUAAAAAAAAUCCUAAUAUUUUCAUUUUAAACAUCAAAAGCUGCUUGGACUCCUUUUUCUCCCCUCCCAAGACGCCCUCCCCAUCUCCACCCAUCCCCCUGGUGACUGACCCGCAAUUGCGUCUGGAGCCCUCUCCUCGGCGGGUGUCUGGGGCUGGACUCUGGUUUUGUUUUCUACUGUAAAAACUGUCUGCCAUCUACCUCGGCUGUGCUAGCAUAGGAGUAUUUGCCGUUUCAGUUAGAAAUCUGGUCAGAUGCUUUAAAAACGGACUUUCCCCCUUGGCCUCAUGGGUCCACCCCGCCUGCUGCCACGAGUGGUCCCGUCUCCCACCACCCGCUCUCCAGACUCGCUGGGGACGGCUCCGACCAUCCAGCCCUGGAAAUUGUCCUUUUUAGAAAGUAUUCUGGCACAGAGAUUGAUCCCAUUUCCACGUUAAACGGUUCCUAGUCGUUGUUAUCUGGGUCUCAUUUUUCUUCCUUUAAAAAAAAAUUGUGAAAGAGAAACAAAAAUCCUCCCUAGGAUCUAAAACCGAGACAGGAUUUUGCAUCUCUUGAUUACGUCCACGGGGCGGUUGGCAACCACCUGGAAGAAUUUUUUUUCUUUUCCCACGGUUUAAAACUUAAAACCAAGAACUUUCCUUGAUUGUAGUACGUUUGGAGGACUAGGGUCCUCGCUAUCCAUCACCAGCAUCCAAAUCUCUGGGCUCUCUGGUUCUGGAUCUAAAUUUGUUGGGAUGCAGAGAUUGGACGUUCUCUUUGGGGGACGGUCAUAAAAUCUAACCCCCUUCUCCCUCUCCCUGUACACCUGAAUUUAGCAAGAAGUCACAAGCGUAGUCGGGUCCUCCUUAAAAGAAAAAGUAAUUUUUUAAAAUGUAUUCCGAGGGGAAAAAAUCCAAUGGGGUUUAAUAAAUCCUGGACUGAAUUCAGGGUUAGGAAAACGGGGGAAGGGGGCUGGAAGGAAGAAAUGGGCCCGACUUUGAAGGCAGGAGGAGGAGGAGGAGGAGGAGGGAGAGAGGAGACUCGCGCUCUACGAGCAAGGCGCUCCCCCUGCUGCUGAUGCUCUCUCAAACAGCUUGGAAACCCUGAGCGAAUGAAUGGGUUUCUCCAUCUGGUGACUUGGGAUCGCUCUUCUUUGACGCCGAAACUAGAGGGAAGAAGAAACCACCUUCCGUCGCAUUGGGAAAGUGGCCUGCACGUCUAAUUGGCAAUGCUGCUCUUAACUGCCCUGGCACAAGGACAGCGGGGAGGCAGAAAUUCAAACUGGGGCCCCCUGCCGUGUGUUGUGUGUGUGUGUUCACCCCGAGUGUCUGCACUAAGAGAUAGAUCACUGCCAUCUCCUUGCUAUAUAUAACCUCUCUCUCUCUCUCUCUCUCUCUCUCUCUCUCUCUCUCUCUCUCUCUCUCUCUCUCUCUCUCUCUCUCUCUCUCUCUGUCUCUCUCUCUCUCUCUCUCUCUGUCUCUCUCUCUCUCUCUCUCUCUCUCUCUGUCUCUGUCUCUCUCUCUCUGUCUCUCUGUCUCUGUCUCUCUCUCACCCCCCCCCCCUUUGGCCCUAACCAUGACGAUUAAAAGAACAAAAUAGUUAUGUACUGGGGAUUGGGGGGAGGGCGUUAAAAUUGCUAUAAACUAUUUAUCUUGUAUGUUGUAUAUUUGUGGGUGAGGUUUGUGAGCCUGGUUUUUGUUUGGAAAUAUUGUGAGUGGUCAAUGUGGUUUGUGGGAAAAAUAUGCAUUUUUUUUCUAGUCUUAAACUAAAAACUUGAGUCUGCCGGUUUUUCUCAUUGCACUGAACACUGCUUUGGCUAAUGGCUUUCACGGGCAGUUUUCUCUUUGGAAAACUUUGGCUAUGAUGAAAAAAGCUCCAGGUUAAAAAAACAAAACCAACAAAAACCUUUUGGAAAGCAUCUCUCAUUUAAUGCUGUAAUUUACCAGAACUUCUUUUGGUUUGCAAACUUUCUGUGUGAGCAAUGGAGAUGAUUCCAGCAUUUUGGUGCUUCUCCUUUGUAGUGAUGGGGGGAACAAUACCUUUUCUAGUGAGUUUUAUUCUAGUUACCAGAUGGUUGCACAUUUUUAAAAGCUAAAUGAAUUUGCCACAAUUAAAUGUCAUAACAUUUAUGACAUAAUAUAAAAUAUUAACAUAUAGUAAGCCAAGUUCUAGAUGAUUUUUUUAAAAGAAAUCUUGGUUAUAAACCCAGUUCUUUCGGGAGUCGUGUCCAGUGUUGUGAAGACAACAUGUUAACCCAUAUUUAUAUUUUUAUAAAAUACCUAUAAGACUGUGAAUCUCUUGUGUUAAUUGCUGAGUGAGUUUUAAGAAAAGUAUUGUUCCUCUUCAGCCUCCUGGAGCUUUGUAGACCUGAUUAGAAAUGGAAAAUUAGACCUCGGGAAGGGGGGGGAGGGGGGUUGCUCUGAAAAUGUGUGAGCUGAUGUAUUUUUUGCAUCACUUCUGUCCUGAAAAGCUGCUGCCCUUCCUAGUCCCUAUAGUUUCAAUUUUCUAUGCAACCCCACACCCCAUAUUGUUUUGAUUCUGAGAAAUAAAAGGGAUGGUGAAUUAUUCAAAUUUAAA